AUGGCUAUAUCUCGUUUUGGUCCUGAAGAACUUCAAAGUGGAAUGCUAAAUAAUAUGUUAGAAGAAGCAGGUAUUGAUGAUGUUGGUUCAUUUGUUAAAGAAUUUCGAACCGAAGCUAAUCGUGAAGCUGACGAUCAACGUCAUCAUAGUGGUAAUGAUGAAGAUGAAGAUGAAGAUACAUCAAUUCGUAGUGUAUCAACUCAAAAAGCAAGUCUAUUCUCGAUGGGAAGUUCACUCUUAAAUAAAUUUACUAGUGGUGGUGGUGGUGGUGGUCAUGGUGAAGACGAAAGUAGUGGAAAUGAUAAUCUUGAUAUGAUUCAAGGUGCAAUGAAAGCAUAUAAAAUGUUUUCAGGUGAUAAGGGCCAGAGUGGUGGCGGUGGUGGUGGUUUUCUCGACAAUAUGAGUUCAACAUAUCAAAAUGCUCAAAAAAUGUAUGCUCUGUAUAAACAAUUCGAUAAAAAUGGUGAUGGAAAAAUAACAGCUGAAGAUAUAGAAAUUUAUCUUCAAGAAAUGGGACUUGGCUUUGUUUCACCAUAUUUAUCUAAAGCUUUAUUUCAAGCAGUUGAUCAAAAUCAUAAUGGUUCACUUGACUUUACUGAUCUCAUGGCAUUGGUUACUCUGUUAAAUAAACUAACCAGCCAAUCUGGUGGAAUACCGAAAUAG